UGAAGAGAAUUGAAGUAGGAAGUGUUGUGAAUAAUGUGUCAGAUGAAAGCAUGAAGAGUGGAAGUGGGAGGGGUUUGGAGAAUUCUAGUUUUGCUUCUAUUUUGUGGUCAGAGAGUAAGAACGGGGAAAGGAACUUGAAGAAUGUAACUGUCACUCAUGAUGAGAAGAUGCAUGUUGGUUUAUAUGAGAACUGUGACAUUUUUGAUGGAAAGUGGGUAAGGGAUGAUUCAAAGCCAUAUUAUCCUUUAGGGUCUUGUCCCCUCAUUGAUAGAGAUUUUGAUUGUCACAGUAAUGGGAGGCCUGAUGUUGAAUAUGUUAAAUGGAGGUGGCAGCCAAAAGGGUGCAAAAUUCCAAGUUUGAAUGCAACUGAUUUUCUGGAGAGGUUGCGGGGACAGAGGCUAGUUUUCGUGGGGGAUUCACUGAACAGGAACAUGUGGGAGUCACUCGUGUGCAUUCUCCGUCAAAGCAUAAGGAACAAGAAACGGGUUUUUGAAAUUUCAGGAAAAAGGGAGUUUAAGAAGAAAGGUGUCUAUUCUUUUAGAUUUGAGGACUAUAAUUGUUCGGUGGAUUUUGUUGUUUCACCAUUCAUUGUUCAAGAGUCAACUUUCAAGGGCAAAAAUGGGUCGUUUGAGACAUUAAGAUUGGAUUUGAUGGACCGAACUACGACCAGGUAUCGGGAUGCUAAUAUCAUAGUCUUCAACACAGGUCAUUGGUGGACCCAUGAUAAAACAUCAAAAGGAGAAGAUUAUUACCAAGAAGGAAACCAUGUAUACCCAAGACUCAAGGUUCUAGAUGCAUAUACAAGGGCCUUGACCACUUGGGCUAAAUGGGUUGACCGAAAAAUUAAUGCCAAUCAAACUCAGGUUUUCUUCAGAGGAUACUCAGUCACCCAUUUCUGGGGUGGACAAUGGAAUUCAGGAGGACAGUGCCACAAAGAAACUGAGCCAAUACUUAAUGAAACUUACUUACAAAAGCAUCCUUCAAAAAUGUGGGCUCUAGAACAUGUCAUCCAACAAAUGAAAACUCCAAUAGUUUACAUGAACAUAAGUAGGCUUACAGAUUACAGAAAAGAUGGCCAUCCUUCAGUAUACAGAAAGGAGUACAAGACAUCAAUGGAUCAAAACUCUACCGCGCUGUUUGAAGAUUGCAGUCAUUGGUGCUUGCCUGGGGUACCAGAUACUUGGAAUGAAUUACUAUAUGUUUCUCUCUUAAAAUAUGGUAAGGGAACUUGGAGAAGCUGAGAAAAUUCCUCCUAAUCAUUCCACAACCCGUUUCUUAUUCUUUUUGCAUAUUUUUGUACAACAUCCUUAUAUUAUAAGAUUUUGCUGCAUGUCUUUAGUCAGAGUUUGAUUAGAAUGACAAGAUAACGAGGGAAGGAAUAGAGUAGUGGAUUGGCUUACCAAUUCUUCCCAUUGGUUUGAGCUUGUAGUCACUUUCUUAAGGUGUUUGUUUGGUAUCCGGAAUUAGGGGUUGGAGUCCCAACAUUUUAACAACCCCCAAAAAAUCAGGUUUCAAGAUUGUAACUAGAUUCUGCAUUAUGUAUUUAGUAUUUACACGCACGUGUCAUAAUGCUUUGAAUGAUACUAAAAGUUUAU